AUGGUUACACACUCUCUAACAGGGUGAGGGGAUUAAUAAUACUGCCGCCUUGAUUGAACUUCAGCUGCUUUCUCUGGUAAAUUGAGAGGUGGGGCUGAGUGCAAAAAAAAACAGUGACACGGAGGAGAGGGAAAGAAAAGAGAGUUGCAAAAGGGUGAUAAGGGGUUCUGUGAUAAGAACAGAGAGGAGGCAGGGAUGGCGAGGGAGGAGGCAGAGAGAGAAAGGGAGUGGGAGGAAGAAAGAGCGAGGAUAGGAGGCAGCGCAGUGCAGUGAGGGAGGGGGUGAGGAGAGAGAGAGAGAGCGAUGUAGAGACAGGAAGCCUCUGCUGCUACAGAGCCAGUGAGACGCAGGCAGGCGGAGGGGAAAGACGAAGAGAGAGAGGGAGAGGGGGCCUCCUGGUUUCUCUGAGACAGGCCCAGAGAGAGGAGGGGAGAGGGGCUCCAGGAGCACCACAACAGAGAGCGAGACGAGUGGGUGGAGAAGCAGGAUCGGAGGGGAGGCGGGAGGAAGAGGCAGGGCGAUAAAAUCAGAACCAGGCUUUGGCAGGAGCAGAGGCAGAGGGUGGGACUUGAGCUGAGGAGGGAAAACAGCACAGGAGGAAACAAAGUUUUGAAAACUGAGGAAACAGCAAAGGGAGAGCAGAUGCUGCUGGAUAAAGCAGGAAGAGAUCCAUGGAAGAAGGUCACCGUCUGUCAGGAUGUUCUCUGACAGCCGGGCCACCACCACCACACCUGGGGAGCAGAGGGGCUUCAAGGCUCACGCCCCCCACUUCAUCCCAUGGCUGCGCAACAGCCUGAAGGCUCACCACAGUAGCAGCGGCGGCGACCUGGGGCUCAACGGGGCGUACAGGUCCAGCUCGGAGGGCCGCAGCGCCCUGACCCCGCUGGAGAGGGCCAAGGGGAUUGGUUUCUUCUCCAGCCGGGCCAAGAAGGGGGAGCUCCGGUGUAAUGGCAUAGGGAUGCUGCCGGUGGUGCUGAGGGGGCAUCACAUCCUGCCAGGCGGCAUUGGGAAGCAGAGAGAGGACGGUCCUGCCAGGUGGAGCAAGACUAAAGAGCUGGAGGUGGAGCCCAGCACCAACUCUCAGCUAAGCCCAGAGGAAGGACUGGCCGACAGCUGCUCCUCGCCGCCGCAUAGCCAAAACGUGGGCCCCGCAAGCAGCCCCUCAGUGAGGAAAUACGGGCCUCUGGUGGGGCCCCAUCCCACUCCUGUACCCGUGCUGCUGGCCAAGACGCCCGACUGCGAUGUGCCCGUCGUGGUGUGCAUGGAGGACAGCGAGGGGAAGAUGUGGGACUACACCAGUCACACCACCUACCGCCAGAGAGAUCUCCACUCCUCCAGCUGGCUGAGCUCAGGCACUGAGCAGCUGAUCGAGAGGCAGCGCGGGUUCAGCUCCAGCUUCAGCUGCGUCAACAAACACGGCAGGACUUCUCAGAGUCAGAGGGACCUGACGGCCCUCAACGGGCUCAUCUUCUCCAGCCAGACCCCCCCUGGAGCCCUGGGCUGCACCACCACCCUGAGAGGCCCCAGGAGGCCUCGGCCGAACUCAGAGCAGAUUGCGAUCCUGGGUCAGAACCAGACGUGGGUACCGCACAAACCAAACAGAGAGCAGGAGCCACAGAGGAAAGGAGCGGGCUGCAGCAGAAAGGUGGUCCGAAAUCAGAUCAAACGGGUGGUGGACAACCUGGAGCAAGUCCUCACUUCCCUCAGGGACAUCCAGCAGGAAAUCAAAGAGGUCGUGCAGCAGAUUGACUAUCUAACCUCCUCCAUUGAUCUGGAUGAUGAGGAGCAGCAGAGGCCUGGAGGAGAAGCUCAGCCUCCCAGCGACAGCAGCUACAGUUCAGGCUCCAGCUCCAGUGAAGUGACAGUACGCGGCGCCCAGCAGAGGGCUUCGGGAGCUGAAAACCAGCCAGGAACCGCAGACUCCUACGGAACCCCCAGCAGAGAGGAUCACAGCAGAAGUCAGCCUUCGCAGAACGGGCAGCUGCGCUCCUUUACUGCGGGCUUUCUGUCAGAAAGGAGUCGGACUGUUCAAUUAACUUGUGGGCGGUCCCCUAGAAAAACUUUGUCCCGUGUGAACACAAACAGCCUCCCUCCGUCUAGAAACCCGACCACCCAGGAUCAUGUUCUGUCUCCUAAAAGAAGCCUCCCUGCUCGGCCUCCCACUCCCGGGCUGUCUCCGCUGACAGUGAACCUCCAUCACCCCAGCAGCCCUGGAUCACAGCCUUCCUCCCCUCUGUCUCCAAAGUCUUAUCCACCCCCCGCCCUCAGCCCUUCUGUCAUCAUAGAGACCAAAGUCGGGUCACUCCAGACCCCACAAAGCGAUCUCCCAUCUGCUGGUCCAUUUUCGCCGUCGCUAACUCACCCUCAGUCUGCCAGCUGCCCACCCACCAACUUUGAAACCAAAAGUUUGCCCCUGCACGACAAAGAGCGGCGAGCGGCCUCAGCGGGACCCUCGAACGCCUGCACAGCCAAACCACACGCGGGCCAGGGCCGCAGGGCCCGCAAGCCCCCGCCGUACCCGCACCACAGACUCUCUGAGCCCACAAAGAAAGUGAAAGAGCCCCGCAAAGCUCCUCCGUACCCUGAGAAAAGAAGGCUGCUCUCAACCACUGUGUGAGAGAAUGCAGCAGGAGGGGGGCGGCCGAUCGAACAGAGGCACAUACACAGCACCAGCCACAUGUCUGCAGGAGUGGGGAGUGAUUUAAGGCAGCUUAAGGCUCGCCAACUUCAGCCGAGAUCAAGUUUCCAGGGCAACGGGAUGCAGACGCAACUCAGGAGCCAGGUCGAGGUCCGGGUGUGAUCUUUUCCUGUUCUGAACCCCCCCCCCCACAUCACCCCGAGAGAGAAAGAGAGCCUGGAUGGUGACAAAGGGACUCGGUGUUUCCUCCACUCCGGGGGAUCGCCUCGACACCAGAUGAAAGACACCGAAGGGCACACAGCCAGAGCAGGAGGAGGAAACAUGUUCUCUCUCUCUCUCUCUUUCUAAUGACGCGAGUGUCAGGAAUGUCCUUGCUGGGGGAAAGGAGGCGUGUCAAGGUGUGCCUCGCAUCGCCUCGCAGACCACGACCGCAUCAGAUACGGCAGACCGCUGCGAAGUGACCGUCCGGACAUUAACCUUCCACUGAAAACAUUACGUGCAGAGAUGCAACUCCAAGUCGGACUCCAAAAACUAAUAAAAGUUUGUCUUUCUGACUUGCGUUAAGUUGUAAAACGUUGGGAUGGUGCUGAGGCCAUUGUUAGAGGAUGAAAGCUGUAAACAUGCAGAGGUGUGGAGCUCAUAGUGGGUUUAAUGGAUGAGAGGAAGAGACAUUUAGAAAACUAAUUAAAAUCAGGUUGGAUUGUUGGCAGAGAUUCUGGUAGUCGGAUAAAAACAUGAGAUUAAUCCAAAAAUUCCCCCGUAAUUUAGACACAAUUUUUUAAAAAUACUACCAAUAACUUAAUAGUGUGAAAAUGCUAUGUUAGCAUCCAAAACCUCUACUCUGACUAAAAAAUAUUAACCGAAUGUAGCAGAAGAACUGAUAUUAAUUUCCCUUCAUUCUUUCCCUUCUUUAAGAAGUUUCUUAGUGGAGACUUUGGAGGACUUCCAAACAGAUAAGUCCCAACACUUUCCUGAACUUUUCCAGAUUUUUUUAAGGUUUAUGACAGUGUUCGUCAGAACCAGGUUAAGAACCACAGGUACAGUGGAAAAUCCUGAUCUUAGAAGCUUCAGAGGCCAGUGAAAUGUUUUUUAAAAGAAUUUAUCUGCAUAUUCGCAGUCGGUCUGGGUGCUUAAUCCAGAAAUAAAGUUAUAAUGUGGAAAUAAAUAAAAAAAAAGAACAGAUGCCAUUAAAUGCUGAAUAAAUCAAUAAUAAAGUUUUUUUUUUUAAAGAAAUCUCAGUUCUUUCAACUAGAUAACAAAUAAUAACCAUAGACAUUUAUCCAGAGUUGGAACAUGAUAAAAGGAUUUUCCAUACAGCUUGAGAUGAGGUGGAUGAAUAUUAAGACUGCCUUUGUGACUCAGACGUACAAUAAAUCCCUUCACUAAUGCCAUACGUUAGAUGAUUUCAUGCUGAUCUAGGAAAGUCAUGGUUUUGUUGACAAAUUCUGCCAUUAAAUGUCUAUUUUGUCACAGAAAACGAGAUCAAAGCAUCAAUGGUGACAUCUCUCCCUCUACCCCCCAUCUGAUACCAAAAUGUGUUGCUUAGAAGAAGAAAUAUGAAGCUGCAGAACAUGAAAGUAGCCUCGAGUUUGACAUGCGUGUGGCUGGCUGAAAUGUUCAUUAUUUGCCGGCUGUGCAAAAAGAUGUUCAGCAGGAAUUCGCCUUGAUUUUCUGACAUUUGUGCAGAUACCGAGUAAUGAAAAGCUUUUAUCUCUCUACUGACAGCGCGUAUGAGGCAGAAUGGAAACAUCAAGCAGCAAUUCUUUAAUGCUGUUCGUUAGUUUGCCUCGGCUUGAGAGGGUUUGUGGCAGCAGGUUGUCAAGAAAUAAGAUUUUUAUCUCUAAAGGACGCAGAGUUAAAGGCAAACAGGUCAAGCCUAUAAAAUCAUGCAGGACGGGGUUUUUAUGCCCCAAUUUCAUGUGGCUUAAUGCCACUAUUGAUUCUUGAUCAACUUAUCGUUUGGCUCUCAUCAGUAUUCAGCUGGUGAGGUGGCCAUCGCUCCUUGGGGAUCAAGAUCAGCUGACAACAUUGGUUCAUUAAAAACAAAGCCACAAAAGCAAAAAAAAAAAAAA